AGCCUAAAUUCAAUUGUGUAAGAAGCCCAAUCAUUUAACCAGUCUUAAACCCACAAUCACUCGUCUUUCACGGCUAAUCCUCUGUGGCUCUGUGAGUGUGGCGGCGAUUGGUGAGAUGGCCGGAACCGGAGCCGGAGGUGGCGUUCCACAACUAUUUCGGGCGUUAGCUGUCGGCGCCUCAGUAAUUGUCGGCGCUAUCUAUACCGUCGGAGCAGUCGCCGGUUCCAUUCACCGCCGUAAUUCCGCGCUCAAAAGAGAGAAACAUGGAAAACCCUGUGGGGUAUGCAAAGGAAGAGGCUAUUAUACCUGUAAGUUAUGCAAAGCAAAGGGUACAAUACAAUGGUCACCAUUGUAUGAUCCUUUGGUGAUUAACCCAUGUGUUUGUCCCACCUGUGAGGGAAACAAGGUUCAGAAAUGUCUGAACUGCUUGGGGUUCGGUCUUGUAUAGGAAAUGCAGCUGUUUGAGAAUAACAG